AUGCGACUUGCUGCAUUUCUUUUGCUGAGCUGCUUGAGCUGCGCCUUGGUGCUGGCAUUUCCUGCUGAUCAGGCUGCAAUUGCUGCUGCUGCAGCUGCUGACAUUGCUGACGCUGCUACCGAGAUCCCAGCUGCUCAGCUACGUGAGCCGCGUCAUUUGCUAAAGAAACUCUUCGAGCCGCAGGUGAUAGUGCAGCCGAUUAUUGUGCAGCCGCCGGCGCAUCAGCGUCCCUAUUAUCCGUAUGGGGGAGAAGGACGUGGAUAUGGCGGCUAUGGCGACUAUGGCUACAAGCGGCCAUACGACUAUUGGCACUAACUUUAAAAUUUAAAGCAGCAAAUGUUUGCGCUUGGGCGCCCAUUGACAUUGGCUGGCUAAUUAGCCAGCCC